GCAUUGAAUUGCGAGUGAAAUGUAUUCAAAGUAUUCAAUGUUUCUAUUAUUUGUUUGUUUUGAUUGAUUGAAUCGAUUUUAUUAUUGUAUUAUAUAUUUUAAAGUUUGUAUACAAGUUAUGAACAUUUAUUUAAAUCAGCAAACAAUUAGUCAAACAAUUAGUUAUUAUUUGAGACCAAAACAGCAAUUGAAAAUUAAUAUUUUAUCGAUAGUUAUGAAUAAAUCAAAUGACAAGUUAUCGACUGAAUCUAAGAGUCGACUUAACGAUGAAACGACAAAACGUAACAAAAGAAUUGACAACAAAUUGACAAAACAAGAGAAUAACGACAAGACUGGUGACAAUCAUUCAAACCAAUUGACUGUCGAUAAUAACAGAUUCAAACAGAGAUAUAACAAUCAAUCGAUACCACACUUUGCAAACAAUUAUGGUUUUAAUGUAUAUCAACCAUACUAUGGAUACUCAAGUCAUACAUCGAGUCAAUGGUCAUCCAAUUUGACAGUUAAUUCAUUUAACAAUAAUUACAAUCGCAGAUCAUAUUCAACUGGUUUAAGAAACUCUAACACUCAUAACAAAGUUUCUAAUGAAGAUGAGAUCAGACAAAAAGUUGCAAAAUAUCGUACAAUUAGUUACAAUAAAUCAGUUAAUAUAAAUAACUGCAAAUCAGAUGCUUUUAAAUUUUCGAUAAUGAGUUAUAACAUAUUAUCACAAAAUCUAUUGGAAGAUCACAAGUAUUUGUACGGACAUUGCAAUAAAGAUGCGCUAAAAUGGCCGCAAAGAGGUCACCAAUUAGUGAAAGAAUUGCUCGAAUCAAAUGCUGAUAUUAUUUGUUUACAAGAAGUGCAUUCACAACAUUUUGAAGAUCUCAUUAGUCCCGAACUUAUUAAAAAUAAUUAUAAAUGUGUUUAUAAACAAAAAACCGGCGAUAAAUUGGACGGAUGUGCCAUCGCUUAUAAAGAUAGUAUGUUUUCAUUGUUGAACUCAAAUGAAGUGGAUUUUCUGAGAAAAGAUAUGUCAAACGUUUUAAAUAGAGAUAACAUCGGAUUAAUUGUCGAAUUAAAACCAAAACAUUCAAAAUGUAAAUCUAGUGUUUUUGUGGCCAACACUCAUCUCUUAUAUAACCCGAAGAGAGGUGAUGUCAAAUUGGCUCAAAUAAGACUAUUGAUGGCAGAAUUGGACAAAUUAGCCAAAAUGUAUUCACAAAACGAUAGGAUUGACUUUAAGCCUAUUAUAUUAUGUGGUGAUUUCAACAGUGAACCCGACUCUUUACUUUAUAAAUUUAUCACAAAUGGAACCAUUGAUUUAAAAGGUGUCAAAAUUGGAGAUAUUUCCGGUCAGAAGGAAGGAAUUGGUAGAGGAAUACAUGUUAAUGAAUCUCAUUUGGAAAUGACUGGUAUAUCAUCUGAUAGUCAAUAUAAAGAUAGUGAAUCAGCUAACGAGACAAUUGAGAUCAACGAUAAAAUGGUAUUAAAGCAUAAUUUUAUGUUUAAAUCUAUUAUAUUUAGCCCAAAAAGUAUUUCACAUCAUAACAAAUGGCUGUCAACCAGUACUAAGUUUGAGUCGGGUUUAGUUGACUAUAUAUUUUAUGAUUACAACAAACUUAAACUUUUAGGCUAUAAAAAGCUAAUGAAUGUCAACCAAAUCAAAGAAAUCGGUAAUAUUCCCAAUGCAUACCUGGCUUCCGAUCACUUAUCACUUUUAGCCAAAUUUCUUUUAAUAUAA